AUGGCCGAGCGCCAGCUGACACAGAUUCUGGGGCAGCUCAAGACAGCGCACAGCUACGCGGACCAGACGCGGCUGCUGUCCAAGGCAAAGCUGGCGCUGCUGCAACUGGGGGCGCUGACGCCGGCGAUCGACGGGAGCCUGCCGGCGGCCGUGCUGGCGCUGGCGCGCGAGACGUACGAGCAGGGGGCGCUGUGCAGCAUCCGGGCGCACGAGGCGGACGCGUUUACGCGCUACGUGCAGCAGCUGGGGCCGUUCUACGCGCUGCCGGCCGCCGUGCUGGCGCCCAACCUGGCCGAGCGCAACAAGGUGACGGGCCUGUAUCUGCUGCUGCUGCUGACACAGGGCCUCUAUGGCGACUUCCACUCGGAGCUGGAGGCCAUCAGCACGCGCGAGGGCGCCGGCGCCGGCGUCAUCGAGGACGACCGCUACCUCGGCUACCCCAUCCGUCUUGAGCGCUGGCUCAUGGAAGGCAGCUAUGACCGUGUCUGGAAGGCCAUGAAGCAGGGCGAGGUUCCGUGCGAGGAGUACGGCGUCUUCUCAGAAAUCCUCACCUCGCAAAUCCGCUCCGAAAUCGCCUCCAGCAGCGAGCGUGCCUACCCGUCGCUCCCUCUCAGCUCCACCAAGUCGCUGCUCUUCCUCGACUCCGAAGGCGCCGUCAUCCAGUUCGCCCAGCAGCGCGGCUGGACCGUCCGCGACGGCCACAUCUACUUCCCGGCCCUCGCCUCCACCUCUGCUGCUAGCGGCGCCGCCUCCACCUCCGAUGCCUCCGACGACGGCUCUGCUCCGGUGCCGGUCGAGAAGGAGGUCAGCCAGAUGGUCAUCGAGAACGUCCUGGGCUAUGCCCGACAGCUGGAGACGAUCGUCUGA